AUGCCGAAGAGCGACAGUGCUCGUCAAUGCAGAGCCAUAUCCAUCUAUGUAAUAUCUGCCUUGAUGUAUAUUGUAGUGUUCUUUCACCGUUUGGUUGCUGCUUCCAUCGGGGAAGAGUUUCAUGAUAAAUUUAGUGCGAGUUCCAGCGUAUCCAAGGAAAUGAUGUUGCCAAUCUUCGGCUCGCUUUACUUCUACUUUUACGCUUUUUUGCAACCUUUUGUAGGCAUUACAGUGGAUGCGAUAAAGCCGCGGUGGACAAUUUUUAUGGCUGGAAUUUUUAUGACUGCAGGAUCUCUUGUGAUUGCUUUCCCUAGAAAUCUAGCUAUAGUAUACUUUGGGAGAUCGCUGGUGGGGAUAGGGGCAGCCUUUGUGUACGUUCCGAUACUGAAGCUGAUCGCUCUGUGGUUCCCCAUCCAUAAGUUCGGGCUGUUAACCGGGAUUAUGGUAGCUCUGGGGGGACUCGGGGGCUUUUUUUGUACUGCCCCUCUUACCAUAUUGAUCCAGACAAUAGUCAGAAAUCCGAAUGCAAAACCUUUAAUUAUAGAUUAUAUUUUUAGUAUUGUUGGGGGCAUAACCGCCCUGCUAACAGUUAUAUUUGUUUGUGUGGCACACGACACCCCGGAGAAGGCUGGCUACGCCCCCAUAGCCAACCCCUCUGCCAGCAAACCUGAACAGCUCGGAGUCACAUCAACAGACCCUACAGACCCUACUCUACAACAGAAUACUGUGCCAGCCGCCGGGCCUACGGUGGCCGAAGGCAGCUUGGUCUCAAGUGGAGUCGUCAAUGCUCCCGACUCUGCCCAUGACUUUUACUGCAACACAGCUGCGCCCACCUUCGAGGUCGUGGAGCCUGCGGUAAGGAGUGAUCCUGCUGCGUCCUCACUCGCGAAGAAGAGUCACUUAGCGGAGUUCUGUGAUUCCAUGAAGAUCGUCUUCUGCUCAGAGAACAGCAAGUACCUCAUACUAAUGAUGGUAGCCUACUUCUUCUGCACCGGGUCAUACUUCACCAUCUCUGCAACUGCAGGAGUUGAGCUUAUCACCAACACAGUUAGCCAAAAUGGAGGCAAUGUAAAGCUAGAUGCUACAUGGGUGCAAGCAGGAUUGAACCUGGGGACGAUCGUGGGGUCUCCACUCCAGUCAGUACUCGCCAAUCUUAUGGGCAGAAAACCAAUGCAACUUAUUAAUAAUGGAAUUAUGUUUUUAGUGUACUUAGGGAUUGCUAUAGUAAAGCUCGUCAAUCCAGCCAUUUGGGGCUACGCGAUCCUUUAUGUCUUCAUCGGUCUUGUAGGAGGCACUAUGAUUGUCGUGGCCUAUACAAAUGUAAAAGAAAUGUUCCCAAUCGCUGUUUCUGGGACGGCGAUCGGCUUCUUCAAUAUAGCUCCCUUCCUGGGCGCUGCAGUGUUCCAGAAUGUAUCGCCGGAACUCAUAAAGUUGAACGGAGGAAAGAGAUAUGAGAACAUGUGCUACUUGCUGGCGGUAAAUGCAGUUGUUGCAGCGCUUAUCCUGAUAUUCUCCAAGGAGACUAGUCCCGUGAAAUCACGGAAACAGAAAAAGGCAUGA